AUGGGUGAUAUAUUCUCUCUUCCAAAUGAAUUGCUUAUGCUCCUUCUGGGGCAUAUGGAUGGUAAUGAUGUAAGAUCGUUUGGAAACACUUGCAGGCGCUUCAGGAGUUUCAUACUUUCCAAUAAACUGAAGUUACCUAAACCUGAAUUGAAAUGGUAUACCGCUCAACUCGCUUUCGGUCGAAGGAUAACUCUUGUACGGCAGCGUAGCUUUCUUCAACAACG